CCAUAAAGUGAUAAUAAUACGGUAACAGAGUAAACCAAACGCGCGGAAACACAAGACCAUCCAUCCUGGAUGAUGAUGUUGUUGACGGUAAUGAGAAGAAAACAGCUAUGUUUCCAGCUUUGUGUUGUUUUUUGAGUCUCCCUCUCUCUCUCGUUUCAGUCUCAAAUUUGUGACGGUACUUUCAUCUUCAUACACAAAUUAUAGAAAGAAGAAAGAGAAACUCGCAGUUUUAUCAAUUCUUCUUAUAGAACAGGUUCCGGUCAAAGAUUAUUUCAUUAUUAGUAUAAUAAAAGGGACAACAAGAAUGUCAUGACUUUUUAGACCCUUUUCUUUAUUGUUCAUACGUAUUUCAUUUUUUAGGGCUUUCUUUUUGCUAUCACUCCUUUUCGGCUCUUGGGUCAUUCCUUACUCUCCAAGCUGCACUCGCUCUAGUUCAAGGUUAUGAUCUUUCACAUGGCAUUAAUGCAAGGCAUGCUUCCCUCGAUAGAGUUAGAAAUGGAAUAGCAUGAUUUCCUCGUCAAUAAGUACUGUUGUAUAUUAACUGGCAUGGCUCGUAAAGGUAAUCAACAGAGGAAUGGGGUGGAUCGUCAUGCAUCAAACCACAAGAAAAAGGUGACAGAUUCAGGGCAUGUAGUUCCUGAUACGAUAACACGGGGAAAAGUAAGUGAGGUGAAGGUUUUCCCUGGAGAGGAAAUCCCAAAUGGUAAUCAGCCAAGUAGUCCCUCCGUAGAUAAUUUGAGAAGAACUUACACAGCUGGAGAUGAUAACAAAAGUAAGCAAAAUUCUGGAAAGUUGCAGAGAAAAGAUAAGAAAUGGAUAGACCAAGUGCGGGAUCUAGGGGAUAAUGCGUCAUCCAAGAACAAUUCAGGUGAUUCCAAUAGUCCUUUUGUUGAAACUCCUGGUAUAAGACAAGAAAACGGAGCAUUGCCUGGUUGUGAAAGUGGUCUAAAACGUGUAAGAAAUGGCGUAAAUUACUUGUUUAAUGGCCUGCAUAUAAGAAAUGUGAUGGAAAAUAUGGAGUUGUCAGGUAAUGUGGCAGUUAGAAACUUGAGGACAUUGGCUUUGUCCACAUUGAAGGCGGCAGGUGUGUGGCUGGAGAGGCACAGACCUUUGUUUGUGAGAGUAACUAGCAACCUGUAUAACGCUCGGGAUUACGUUAAUAUGAAGGUUGAGCAAGCAUAUCCUGUUGUCUCAAAAUGGCUCAUUCAGUUGGGGAACAUAAUGCUUCUUUUAUCAAUGGUUUGGUUGGACUUCACUCUUAGAGGCAUUGAUUCCUUCCUACGACUAGGGACAACCUCCUUUUUUUCAGUAAUAUGGUGUAGCAUUAUGUCAGUGCUUGCUAUGGUUGGGACUUUCAAAUUUCUUAUUGUCCUGGCAAUAGCUGCAUGCGUGGGAGUUAUCAUUGGUCUCACCCUUGGACUUUUGGUAGUUGCCUUUUCUGGAAUCGUUUUCCUAUGGCUUUAUGGAAGCUUUUGGACUACGAUGUUUGUCAUUAUCAUUGGAGGAUUGGCAUUCGUGUUGAGCCACGAACGAGUUGCACUCUUGAUCACCACUGUGUAUUCCAUAUAUUGUGCAUGGAUAUAUGUUGGAUGGCUUGGCUUACUUUUGGCUUUCAAUUUGUCUUUUCUCUCAAGUGACAUUCUGAUAUAUUUCCUCAAGAAUACUAUUAACCAGCGUAGAAGAUCCAAUCCCACUGAACAAGCUGCAGGAGUGGAUGGUCAACCAGGCUUCUUCAAUGGCGAGUCUUUUCAUCCUUCAUUCACUGAAACCGGCCCAGGGUUAUCAUCAGAUCGUAGCCCUGGAGUACCUUCGACCAGUGGGGCUGAUUCUGAGUUGACUUCUGAAGAAGAAGUUAUUCGGUUAUUGAACUGUACUGAUCACUAUUCAGUGCUGGGUUUGUCACGGUAUGAGAAUGUGGAUGUUUCUGUGCUGAAGAGAGAGUACAGGAAAAAGGCAAUGCUGGUUCAUCCUGACAAGAAUAUGGGCAAUGAGAAGGCUGCAGAAGCUUUCAAGAAACUUCAAAAUGCAUAUGAGAUUUUGCUUGAUUCUUUGAAACGAAAAGCAUAUGAUGAUGAAUUGAGGAGGGAAGAGUUGCUGAACUAUUUCCGUAGGUUUCAAAGCACUUCUCAGAAGAAUGGAGCACAUGGUUUCUUUGCCUCUGGGUUUGCCCGUUCAGAGGCUGAAGGUGAAGAACCUUUUGGAGAAUCAAGGCGAAUAGCUUGCAAAAAGUGCAACAAUUUUCAUGUCUGGGUGCAUACAAAGAAGUCAAAAUCUCGAGCAAGAUGGUGUCAGGAGUGCAAAGACUUCCAUCAGGCAAAAGAUGGAGAUGGAUGGGUUGAGCAAUCUUCCCAACCAUUCUUUUUUGGAUUACUGCAGAAGGUUGAUAAUGCCUCAGCAUAUGUUUGUGCAGAUAGCAAGAUAUACGAUGCUACCGAAUGGUAUAUUUGUCAGGGAAUGAGAUGUCCAGCCAACACUCACAAGCCAAGUUUCCAUGUCAACACUAGUAUCACAUCGAAGCAUAAUACCAGCAAGGGGUCAAGUUCGGGACAAAGAAGUGGCAGGAUGCCAGCAUCUAAUAUGGAAGAGACCAUGACAGAGGAAGAAUUUUUUGAGUGGCUACAGAAUGCAGUUCAAGCUGGUGUAUUUGACAAUUUCAGUGGCAACACCUCUGCGGAGAGCCCAUCUGCCAGAGCUGGAAAUGGUCCUAAGAACAGUGGUAGUGGCAGUAGCAGUGGUAACAAGAAGAAGAAAAAGGGCAAGAAGCAAUGGUGAAAAGUCUGAUAUUGUCCAUCCUUGACUAUCUCUAAAUUUUGUAAGCAUUUGCCAACCCUAUGAAAAAGGGCAAAAAGAAGGCCCGAGGAAGGGAAAAGAAGGAAGGAUUUAAUCCAUCGAGUAAAGUUUUUUAAGCUUUCAUUAUACAGCUUAUGUAUAUCCCUGGCCUCUCUGUGUGUGUGAAAAUAGAGUGUAGCAAGGUGCGGCAGUGGCAAACAAAGAAGGGAAGUAGUUAACAAAAUCAUGGCUAUAAUUAUGGAGUUGGAUUAUCAUUCAGUCUGCGACUAUACAUACAGUUCAUUCUAAUUCUUCUUUGACAAACAAAGAAAGAGUUCAGUUCA